AUGUCUUUUGACUCAAUUCCCAUCCUGGAUCUCUCGCUUGCCCAAAACUCAUCGACUAAACCAGCCUUUCUCAAAGACUUGAGGCAUGCUCUCCUCGAGGUUGGCUUUCUUUACAUCAGAAAUGCACCUGGAAUAUCCGAUGAACUGGUGCAAAAAGUUAUCACGCUUGGCAAACAAUUCUUUGAGCUUCCCGAAGACAAGAAACUCGAAUGCGAAAUGAAGAAUGCAAAAUCUUUCCUUGGCUACAACAAACUUGGUAUGGAAGUCACGAGGUUCAAGACUGAUUGGCGCGAACAGAUAGAUCUGUCUACGCCACAUGCCGUACCUGGACCGGACGAGCCAUUGUACAGAAAUCUUCUUGCUCCUAACUUAUGGCCAGACGAAUCAGCACUCCCAGAAUUCAGACAGACCUAUGAGGAAUAUAUGACUAAAAUGGGCCGAAUGUCAAUGUGGUUCACAAGUCUAAUCGCCGAAGCAGUUGGACUGCCGAGCGAUGCAUUCGACCAAUUCUUUGAUGGAGACGCACAGCAGCAUAAGUUGAAGAUUGUUAAGUAUCCAGACCUCGCGGAAUUAGGAGUCGAGGGCGAGGCACAAGGCGUAGGACCACAUAAAGAUAGCAUGCUGUCGAGUUAUCUAUUGCAAGCCUCGCACCAUCGCGGGUUACAAGUCCAGAAUGGAGAUGGUCAAUGGGUCGAUUGUCCGCCCAUCGAUGGCACGUUUGUCGUCGCUGUAGGACAGGGAAUGGAGGCGUUGACUCAAGGUGUUUGCCAAAGCACUACCCAUCGAGUCCAGAGUCCACAAAGAGGCUCAGGUGCUCGAUACAGUAUUCCUUUCUUCCAGGGCGUGAGCUAUGACGCGACAUUCGAGAGUAUGGAGGUUCCUCAGGAGGUUAAGAAGCUGAGAGAGGAUGUUCUCGCAAGAAGAGGUGGAAGGCUGGACGACAUCGAGUUUACUUUCGUGAAAGGCAUGUGGAAAAGUCUUGGUGAAGCAACGUUAAUGAACAGAAUCAAAUCACAUCCCGAUGUGAGCGAAAUUUGGUAUCCGGAUCUAUUAGCGAAAAUUCGCGCUCAACAAGCUGCAGCAACUGCUGCCUGA